ACUCAUUUCAUUUCAUUUCAUUUCAUUUCUCAACAUUUUCAAACCCUAUUCCCUCUCUCUCUCACUAAAACAUUCUCUCUCUCUAAAACUCCGUCAUGGCAACACGGCGGCUGGCCGCCACUCUCCUCCGCUCCUCCCUCCACCGCUCCCCAUCCCGAUCGCCUUUCACCCGUACACUUCCCCGUACCCGAUCAUCUCCAUCUCCAACCGGCCACUUUCUCCACCGUACACUCAAACACUUUUCCACAUCCGCCGCCACAUCACCACCAGUCCAACAACCGCCUGUAUCAAAAUCUUAUGACGGAAAGAUAACAGAUGAGUUCACCGGUGCCGGAUCUAUCGGACAGGUCUGCCAGGUCAUCGGUGCUGUUGUUGAUGUUAGAUUUAGUGAAGGAUUGCCUCCGAUAUUGACGGCGUUGGAGGUUUUGGAUAAUAGUAUUAGACUUGUUUUAGAAGUUGCUCAACAUUUGGGUGAAAAUAUGGUGAGGACUAUUGCUAUGGAUGGUACUGAAGGCCUUGUUAGAGGUCAAAAAGUUCUCAAUACUGGUUCCCCCAUCACUGUACCUGUUGGUAGAGCAACUCUUGGCCGUAUCAUUAAUGUCAUUGGAGAGCCUAUUGAUCAUAGAGGCGACAUUAAAACCGACCACUAUUUGCCAAUUCACAGAGAAGCCCCAGCAUUUGUUGAGCAAGCGACGGAACAACAGAUCCUUGUCACUGGAAUCAAGGUUGUUGAUCUUCUUGCUCCAUAUCAAAGGGGAGGAAAAAUUGGUUUGUUUGGUGGUGCUGGUGUGGGUAAAACCGUGCUUAUCAUGGAGCUUAUUAACAAUGUUGCCAAGGCCCAUGGUGGUUUCUCUGUUUUUGCCGGUGUUGGAGAACGUACCCGAGAGGGCAAUGAUUUAUACAGGGAAAUGAUGGAGAGUGGUGUCAUUAAGCUAGGUGAUAAGCAGAGUGAGAGCAAGUGUGCUCUUGUCUACGGUCAGAUGAAUGAACCCCCAGGUGCCCGUGCUCGUGUUGGUCUCACUGGAUUGACCGUGGCUGAACAUUUCAGAGAUGCAGAAGGACAAGAUGUGCUUCUGUUUAUCGACAACAUUUUCCGUUUCACUCAGGCUAAUUCUGAGGUGUCUGCUUUGCUUGGUCGUAUUCCAUCUGCUGUGGGUUACCAACCAACUUUGGCUACAGAUCUUGGAGGCCUUCAAGAACGUAUCACUACAACUAAGAAGGGUUCUAUCACAUCUGUCCAAGCUAUUUACGUGCCUGCUGACGAUUUGACAGAUCCUGCUCCUGCCACAACUUUUGCCCAUUUGGAUGCUACAACUGUGCUAUCCAGACAGAUUUCUGAACUCGGUAUUUAUCCUGCUGUCGAUCCUCUUGAUUCGACAUCUCGUAUGCUCUCGCCACACAUUCUGGGAGAAGACCAUUACAAUACAGCUCGUGGUGUACAGAAAGUUCUUCAGAACUAUAAGAAUCUUCAAGAUAUUAUUGCCAUUCUUGGAAUGGAUGAGCUUAGUGAAGAUGAUAAGCUGACUGUCGCUCGUGCUCGUAAAAUUCAGAGGUUUUUGAGUCAGCCCUUCCAUGUUGCUGAAGUUUUCACCGGUGCCCCUGGUAAAUAUGUGGAACUCAAGGAGAGCAUCGGCAGUUUCCAGGGAGUGUUGGAUGGAAAGUAUGAUGACCUAUCCGAACAAUCUUUCUAUAUGGUUGGAGGAAUUGAUGAGGUUAUUGCCAAGGCCGAGAAGAUUGCCAAGGAAUCUGCUGCAUCUUAGAUAUUUCUUCACCAAUUCUUACCAUCUGAUAGUCGCGAAAAAUGAAUAAUUUUAUUGAUACGGUGCUACAUGCACCAGGAGUUUAAUUUUCAAAAAACUGAGAUUUUCUCUGGGAUUUUUUUCUGUGGAUCCCUGUUUUUUGAGUUCUAUUGCAGUGAAAUGGAUAUGAGGUUGAACCUCAGCAAAAACCCUUCCUUCAGCCUUUUGUUGUCAUAUAAUAAGAGGAUACCUGUUGGAAAUC